GGGCCACUAUGAGCCAAGCUGGGGAGCAGACCAACCCACCCAGUGGAGGAGGUGAGGAGGAGACUACUCCUUUAUCAGCCCUGGCUCCUGAUGCUGCCCUACAGGAGGAGAGCCUGGCCCUGGGCCCCACUCACGUCUCUGCCAUCCCAGCCUUCCAGUGCUUAGACCAGCUGUUCUCUACUGGCAAGAUCAGCGGGACCAAAGCAGCGACGCUCAAAGCCAGUUUCAGCCUGCUCCAUGACACCUUGAAGAGCUCUCAGCAGUCAGAGAUCCGGCUGCUGCAGGAGGCCAAGCAGUUCAGAGCAGAGCUGGAGCGCCAGCAGCGAGAUCUGGAGACGGCUGAGCAGUUCCCUGAGGGGCCGGACACAGAGGUCAGCCGCAUGAGACAGCAGCUCCUCAAGUUCCACAACGACCUGCGACAGGCAGAGGAGAGGGACUACCAGAUGAACUACCAGCUAGAGUGUCUCACAGAAGAGAAGCUUUGCCUGGAGAAAGAGUAUGAGUCUCAACCCAAACCAGUUGAGCUGGAGAAGCGUGCGAAGGCCCUGAAGGACAGCAGUGAGGAGCUGAGGAAGGAGGUGUCUCAGAGGAGACAGGAGAUACACAGCCUGCUGGAGGACAUGGAGGCCAGACACAAACUGAUGACCAGGGAGCAGAGAGAACUGGACCACAAGAAGGACAGCAUAGUAAACAACCAGGCUGAGUUGGCCCAGCUUCUGUCUGUUCCUGGCCAGUUGGGGAAGGAGAUUGAGAGGAUCAACAGGAAAAAGAUGGAGGUUGAGAAAAGUAAGGCGGCCCUAGACGAGCAGCUGUCUGAGGUGGCGGCUCUGCAGAAGAUGACAGAGGCCCGCUGUCGCUCCCUGGAGGAGGAGAAGAGGGAGGUGAGGAGGCAGGUGGAGGGGCGCAGGGCACACCUGGAGGCUGCCGAGAGGGAACACAGCAUGCUGCAGAAAGAGCAGGAGAUGACCAAGGAGAAGGAGGUCAUUAUGAUGGGACAGAGAGGUAUGCUGGACAUCAAUACAGGCCACUGCAUCAUGGAAAGGAAGACCGUGCAUGAGAACCUGUCACAAAAGCAGCGUGAGAGGGACCGGCAGCUCAGAGAGCUGAAGAAGGUGGAGCUGCAGCUCAAACAGGCCCAGGACGCGCUGGUCUACACUCAGCUACUGCAUGACAAGACCAAGUCUACAAGGGAUGUCAAACCCAAAAGUGACAGGAUUCUGAAGACAAGACAGGAGUUACAGUUAGAAGUGGACAAGCUGAAGAGAAACUUGAUCCAUCAGCAACCAGUAGCGGAGGUGGAGACCCAGCUGAUAGAACAGUGUGUGGAACAGGAACAGGAGCUGAUGAGACAGUCUCACAGACACAGAGAGGAGCUCCACACCCUCAGCUGUCUGACUCAGAUCAAAGCUGAUGAGAGAGAGCAGAAGUCCAGGGACCGCCACAGGGCUGAGCAAAGAUAUCAUCGCAUCAAGCAAGAGCUGAGAGGCAAGAGUCUGGUGAUCCAUGAACUCAAGAAGCAGAACCAGGAGGUCCAGUCCAGGCUUGGUGUGUUUGCCAAGCUGUACGACAACAUCAAGGGUGAUAGGAACAAGUGUAUGAACCUGAUCCAGAUGGCCUCCCAGAGAACGGCUGAGAUGAGAGAGAAGUUCAAGAUCCUGGACAACGAGAUUGAGAUCCUCAGAACCAACGCCAUCAACAAAGAGAAGCUGCUCCAGAAGUCCCGUCUGAAGCACUUCCACAGCCACACCAUCAGAGACAGCCUGAGGAACGAUAUCUCCAAGGUGACCCUGGUGCUUCAUGAGAUGAGACAGAAGAGGGAGGAGCAGAAGCUGAACUUGGGCCGGCUGACCCACAUGAUCAACUACCAUGAACAGAACCUGCUACAGAUGAGGAAGAGCCACGACAACGCCGUGCAGAGUCGCAAUGACAGAGGGGUACAGUUGCUGGAGCGUGAGGAGGAGAUGUGUAUUUUCUACGAGAAGGUGAAUGUUCAGGAGGGCCUGAUCAGAGACGGUAACAUAGAGAUGCAGGCGCUGGAGGAGGAGACGCGCUGCCUGCAGAUGAUCACCAAGGAAGAAGGAAGACAGACAGCCCUCAGCAGGAAACUGGUGCCCUGCCAGAGGAGACUGAAGGGAGAGAGCACCAUGCUGCAGAUACAGCUGUCAGAGUGUAAGGAGCGUAUGUUGGAGCUAGAGAAGGCCUUGGAGGAUCCAGGACAGGAGAACAGGGCCAGAGAGCGAGGGAACGACCCAUCUCCUGUUGAACUCAUCCAGAAGAUAGAACAGCUGGAGGUUGGCUUGGCGGAGCGGGAAGAGCUGCUCCUGGAGAAGGACUUGGUGUUUGAGCAGGUGACCCGGAUCUCUCAGCGAAUAAGAGCGAAGGCCGAGAACGGCAAGCAGGACACACUGCAGCUAGCCAGAAGUCGGGGUAGAGGAUCUUGGAGCGUGGUGGCCCCAUGUGCCUGGGUGCAGCCUAGCAGACUGACUGCCCUCCUCACCGGCUCCCUGCAGGGCCCAGCCCAGUGUCUCCUGGAUGAAGUAUCACCUGCCCACCAGGCCAAGACUGAGCUGAAGGAGAGGGAGCUGUUCCUGGACACCUGCCACCGGCGCCUGGACCAGGGUCUGCCCCCCUCUGAAGACCUGGAGCAGGAGUGGCAACACAUCCUCAGGGAUGAGCAGCGCAGGCAGGCCGACCAGCAGGAGAAAGACAGGCUGGUGGAGGAGGAGGAGAGGUCCCAGCUCCCUAGUGGGGUGUACACCACGGCCGAGGCCCGACCCACGCCUACAUCCCCCUGGGGGGACACCCUGCCCCUGCCCAAGCCCUACGGAGCCCUGGCCCCCUUCAAACCCUCUGAGCCCGGCACCAACAUCAGACACAUUCGCAAGCCUGAACCAAAACCCAUUGAGAUAUAGAC